GACUAUAGUUAUUCCUUUUUUUAACGUACUAGAAUAAAAACCGAGGGUUGGGUUACCCUGUGGCUUUAAGUUCUUCUCGGAUUCAAAAUGGCGGGCGCUGCAGACCCACCUAGUCUGGAAAAGCAAGUAGGUCUUCGUCCCUUACCCGUAAAGGUUUUGGAAAGCAUUAGCCCUGACAUUUUUAACCAUUUUUUCAGAAGUAGAGCUCCAGUAGUAUUUAAAGGUUUUGUAAAGGCUUGGAAACCCUGCCAAAUGUGGACUCCGCUAUAUUUGAAAACACGCCUGGGAGAGACUUGCCAAACAUUAUCUGUUAUGGUCUCCCACGACAACGAACGCUUUGUGGAUAACAAUGACUUUACAUCAAGGAAAAUGCUCACUGCUGAAGAGAUGAUUAAUGCAGUGUUUGAAAGUAAUCUUAACAACAGACCCGAAAAUCAGAGACUGUAUUUCAGAUCGUCUUCAAUGCCAACUGCUCUUCACAAUGAUAUCUGCAUCGAUUCUCAAAUGCGCGAACUUUUCGACAAAGUCUCUCCGAUCGUAGCCACAGAAUCCGGAGACGAUGAAAACAAUUUUGAGCAGUUUGUCUCAGCCAUUUUUCGACAACAUACAACCCAAUUAUGGGUAGGAACCGCAGGAAACAUUACCCCAUUGCACUAUGAUAGAAACCAUGGACUCCUUAUGCAAAUACGAGGUCAAAAAAAGAUCAUACUAUUUUCAACUGAAGAUACCAAUUUUCUCUAUCCAUUUCCUGGCUACUCAGAAAAAUCGCACAUCAGCAAAGUUAAUCUAAGGGAUGUUAAUGUUAAUGUCUUUCCUAAGUUCGUCGAAACACAACCUUACUGCUGUUUAAUCAAUAAAGGUGACAUGUUGUAUAUUCCGCCAUUUUGGUGGCAUGACGUGACGUCAUUGGAUAAUUGUGUUUCUGUCACGCUAUCAUGGGACAUCUCAGGCCUUCAUGAAAUCCCACUACAAAUGCUUCGAUAACGUUGAAACAAUAGUUUUCCCAAGAACCACAGGAUUAUAAUCUCCCCUUCAAGU